AUGAACUCAUGGUAUCUGCCUUGGUUUCUGUCCUUUGCUGCUGUCCUUGUGGUUUCUGGCUUGCCAACUCCAGAAAACUUAGUCAGAGAUGUAGAUGGUGGAAUUGAUCGAGACAUAUUUGAUAUCAAUGAAGAUUUGGGACUGGAUCUUUUCGAGGGUGACAUCAGAUUUGAUGGAAUUUACUUGAAUCUAAGCCAUUUGACUAAUGUAGGGAUAUAUUUCCACUUGAUCUCUGGAGCCAAUGAUCAUCAAUUACAGUGGCCGUGUCCUUGGCAACAAGCCACAAUGACACUCUUGGAUCAAAAUCCUGACAUUCGACAGCGUAUGUCCAACCAACGGAGUAUAACUACAGACCCAUUUAUGAUCACUGAAAUGAAUGCUAAGGGAGAGAUCCUCAAUGCAUUUGAACGUUAUCGUCUAAAAACAUGCAUUGACUUCAAGCCUUGGGCUGGAGAAACUAACUAUAUAUCAGUGUUCAAAGGCAGUGGCUGCUGGUCUUCAGUAGGAAAUAGGCAUGUUGGGAGACAAGAACUUUCCAUUGGGGCAAAUUGUGAUCGAAUAGCAACGAUUCAACAUGAGUUCCUUCACGCACUGGGAUUCUGGCACGAGCAGUCACGUUCUGACCGGGAUGACUAUGUCAGUAUCAUUUGGGAGAGAAUUCAAUCAGGCAAAGAACACAAUUUUAACACCUACAAUGAUCAACAAUCAGACUCUCUGAAUGUUCCCUAUGAUUACACUUCAGUAAUGCACUACAGCAAAACUGCCUUUCAAAAUGGGACAGAGCCAACCAUUGUAACAAGAAUCUCUGACUUCAUGAAUGUGAUUGGCCAACGAAUGGAUUUCAGUGACUACGAUCUCUUAAAGUUGAAUCGACUGUAUAACUGCUAUAAUGGAAACUAUUUUUGGGACAGCCCUUCCAAAGUGGGAGAAGUGGCUUUUUUCCCUAAUGGAACUCAGUUCAGAAGAGGUAUGGGCUUUGGAACCAGUGCCUUUAUAACCCAUGAGAGGCUGAAAAGCAGAGAUUUUAUAAAAGGAAAUGAUGUUUACAUCCUUUUGACAGUGGAAGACAUAUCCCAUCUUAAUUCUACACAAACUGAGCCGAUCCCACCAGGCAGCAAGGACCUCUGCACAAGCAUCACUUGUGAGAAUGACGGCGUCUGCACUGCCCACAGUGGAAAAGCCGAGUGCAGUUUGCUCAGAUAUUUUAUGAUGAAUGAAAGUUUCAUUGAUGCCAUUCAUUUGACAUUAGAUGUGGCCGUAAUGCCUUACAGAAGUGAAAACUUGUCACCAAAACUGGUGGCCAUCAGGACAAUGAUGGCAUUCAUUGUCCGACAGAACGUCAAGUGGUAUCAACUUUUGAAGAUACAACUGAAGAUGCAGCCCUUGACAUCAAGGAACCCAGUUUUGAAAGAGACAGAUAUGCACUGCUAUGUACUUCUCUAUGUCAGCACAGAGGAGUGA